CCCUGGCAGCCAAAAUGAAGUCUCUGCUGUCUGUAUGCUGCUUGCUGUCUCUGCUGGCCCUUUCUGCUGCAGAUCUCUUGGCAGGCUCCUCCAUCCAUGAUGAGGAGCCUCGGGUGCGUCUGCAGCUUCAGCAGUCAGAGGGAGACCUCUUCUCCUGUGGAUGUGAGGCAACAGAGGAGCACGCCAGUCAGAGCUCCUCCAAUGACACCCCGGCCCCAGAGAGGGCCAUGUGCCAGCCCUGCAAACCCCCAUCAGCUUUAGACACUGAAGAAGAGCCUGCUUCCUUCUCAGAGCAUGAAGUGGAGGAGGAGGAAGCGGCAGCUCCUGCGGAGGAGGAAGCUUCCACUGAGGAGGUGACUAGUGAUGGAGAAGGGGAGCAGGAGGAGGCAGCUUCCCAGGAAGAGGCAGAAGAAGAGGAGGUGACAUCUGAGGAGGAGGCUGAGACAGAGCCUGUAGAGGAGGCUGAGUCAGUGGAGGAGGAAGUGGAACAGGAGGAGACAGUAGCUGAGGUUGAGGAAGAGGAGGAGAAAACUGAGGAAGGAGAGGAAGAAGCAGAGGAGGAGUUGUCCCAUGAGGAUGAGGAAGUGAAUGAACCACAGGAAGAAGUUGCAGAAGAGGAAGAACCUGCUGAAGAAGAAGCAGACACACAGGAGGAUACAGAGGCAGCAGCUGAGGAGGAAAGUGUGGAAACUUUCAUACACAAGGCUGCAGAGGAGGAAGAUACCACUGCUGAGGACACAGCUGAGAAAGAGGUCACAGCGGCUGAAUCUGAACCAGAAGCAGCUGAGCUUCCUCAAACAGACCCUGAACCUGAGGAAACAGAGCCAGAAGUGACAGCAGAAUCUGUAGAUGAACCAGAACCGGAGGUGACUGAAGAGCCAGAGCCUGAAGUAAUUUCAGACCCGGAGGUGACUGAAGAGCCAGAGCCUGAAGUCGUUUCAGAACCAGAGGUGACUGAAGAGCCAGAGCCUGAAGUCGUUUCAGAUCCGGAGGUGACUGCAGAGCCAGAGCCUGAAGUCGUUUCAGAACCGAGGUGACUGAAGAGCCAGAGCCUGAAGUCGU